AUGGAUGAAGCUAUGGUUCUUGUUGGAGUUUACUUACUCCCCCCCCUCCAUGAGUGAACACAACAAAAUUUUGUUCACUCACGGAGGGGGGUUAAUUUUUUUUUUUUAAAAAAAAUUUAUAUUUAAAUUUUAUAAAAAAUAUUUUUUUUUCGAAAUUUAAAAAAAUCCUAAUUUGCAAAAAUUGGAAAGCAAAUAUUAAUUUAAUUUAUAAAAUUUAUGUUUUAAAAAGCAAUUCGUUUAAAAUUAAACAGAAUUAGCUCUAGAUUUCAUUAUACUAAUUAUCACUUAUAUCAAAACUUUUUUCCAUAAAAAAUUUUUGUAUUAAAAAAUUUUUGUUCACUCACGGAGGUGGGUUUUGGGCAAAAAAUGGCGAUUUUUCUAAUGGUUUUGUUCACUCACGGAGGGGGGGGAGUUAGAUAAAUUAGGAUGGGGAAGCUGCCAAUCUCAAGUAUUUAUUCAAUGCGGGCUUGUAAGGUUCAUCUAGGCUCUCUCUGCAGUUCAAGUUUGAAUUCUAUCACAAAGUUUUGUGCUUGUCAGUGCAGGUCACGAUUGGGAUUUGAGCUCAACUGUGAAAGGUUAUAUUGGUAGCUGCCUUCAGUUCGGAAUGCUUAUAGGCUCAAUGACAUUUGGAACAUUAGGAGACAAGUACGGGAGAAUCUAUUCAUUCAGAAAAUGUGUCUGGAUUAAUGUCAUAGCAUGCUUUUGUCUUGUCUUCUCAUUUCAUUAUUCUAUGAUGAUGUUCUUUUACAUAAUGCUUGGGAUUGGAGUGGGAGGAGACUUGACGCUCGCUGGGACAGUCUUCAGUGAAUUCUGCCCACCUCAGAAAAGAUAAACCAAUUUAUAUUGAUUAGAGAUCUAUAGAUUAGCUGUAUUUUACAGUAAAAAUGUUUUAUAGACUAUAAAUGGGUAUGGCUGCUUGCUGGCUUGUCUGCUUUCUUUCCACUUGGAGGGACUUUUGCUUCUUUGACCAAUUUAUUUAUCUACGGAGUUAUUGGGGAUGAGGAUAAUGACUGACGGUUUAUCGUUGGGACUUUUUUUGUAGUAGAAUUAUGCAUAGCGACCUGGAGAUUAAAGCUCUAUGAGACACCUGCUUACUACAUCAUGAUUGGGCAUGAGUCAGGGGCUGAAGAAACUUUAAGAAGAAUUGCAAAAGAAAACGGCCAAUCAAACAGCUUUACUUCGUACCACCAAGCAAUGAUGUCAAUCAUCCAAAGAGAAGAAUUAGCCCCACAUAAAGAACGACUUAAGGGAUUCGACAGCAUCAAAGUUUUAUUUUCAAAAAAAUUCAGAAAAACGACCAUCUGUAUUACUCUGAUUAAUUUUUUGACCAUAUCUGGAUAUAUUAGCCUUCUCCUAUUUAUGCCAACAUUCUUGGGAGAUUUCUCUCGAAUGGAGCGUUAUCUCAUUAUAUUGAUGCAGGCUUUAGUUGCAAUUCCAGGGAAUAUUACAGGCUCUUUAUUGGUCAGAUCCAAGUUUGGGUAAUUAUAACGGAUCUUCAGUAUUAUUUUUAGCCACUUGAUGUCCCGUGGAUAAUUUUGCAUUGACGCUAAGCACUGUCCUCAUUCCUAGACUUUUACUCUUAACGUGACCAAAAAAUAGUUACGAAAGGUCUCUUGGACCUUCUUCUGGGUCCAACCUAACGAGAAAGACUCCCUCUUCCUCCGACAGGGCUCGGAAUAUGGGCAGAUCGCCUUAGUCUCAUAACCUAUCUCAGCCAUAUCAUAGGCUCGAGAAUACUACAUGGGGUUCUGAAGGACAUUGCGCCAAUAGAUAUGCCUGCAAGCCAAGGAUAAAAGGACGAGGGUUAGCCCCUGGACAAAAAAAUCCAACCCAGAAAAUUACCGCAACGCAGAUCUUCUCCUCUAGGUCAGAUCAACUCAUUAUUCAUUAUAGUCCGUGCAAGAUCACUCCAUUUUUAUAAUUCUUAAGUUUGGGAGAAGAAACACAAUUGCGAUGGGUCUAGGAUUUUCAGGGACUUUAUGUGUUUUGUUCUUCAUUGACGUUGGGAGUGCAGCUGUAAUUUUUAUAUAGACUAUUGGAUGUGUCACAGCCAUAAAUGCUUUAGUUUUAAUAUCAAUUGGUGCUUUGACUACAAUUACAGCUGAAUCAUAUGAUACUGAUAUUAGAAGUUGUGCAAGUGGCUGGCAUACUGCAUUUGGAAGACUCGGAGGGAUUGUUUCUCCACUGAUUAUAGGAAGACUAUUAGAUACAUCUCAUGGGAAAAAUUUAUCGGUCACUAUUUUUGCAAUUUGUUUUUUCGUAGCUGGGAUGUUUGCGAGCAUGCUUAAAGAAACAAGAAAGGUGCAAAAGAAAGGGAUUUUGAGAAUGACGAUGCAAAGAUCAAUGGCGAUUAAAGCCAGCACUGCGAAGUCCCCACUUCUAUAG